AUGUCCGGUAGAAUUUUAGAUUUGUUCAAGCCUUUCAAGGCCUUUUUACCAGAAGUGAUUGCUCCACAAAGAAAAGUUCCAUACAAUCAAAAAUUGAUUUGGACUGCUGUUUCAUUAUUGAUCUUUUUGGUUAUGGGUCAAACACCCCUAUACGGUAUCGUAUCUAGUGAAACCUCUGAUCCUUUAUACUGGUUACGUUCUAUGCUAGCCUCCAAUAGAGGUACGUUGAUGGAAUUAGGUGUUACACCAAUCAUUACUUCUUCAAUGAUUUUCCAAUUCUUACAGGGGACUCAAUUGUUACAAGUUGAUAUGUCCAAUAAGAAAGAUGUAGAACUAUUACAAAUGGCUCAAAAAGUUUGUGCCAUUGCUUUAACUUUUGGUCAAGCUGUUGUUGUUGUGUUAACUGGUAACUACGGUAAUCCAUCUUCUUUAGGUAUUUCCAUCUCUUUGAUUUUAAUCUUCCAAUUGAUUUUUGCCUCAUUUAUUGUUUUAUUAUUAGAUGAAUUAUUAUCAAAGGGUUAUGGGUUAGGUUCUGGUAUCUCAUUGUUUACCGCUACAAAUAUUGCCGAACAAAUCUUUUGGAAGGCUUUUGCUCCAACUACUGUCAAUAUGGGUCGUGGUACCGAAUUCGAAGGUGCUAUAAUUGCUUUGUUCCAUCUAUUAGCUGUAAGAAAGGACAAGAAAAGAGCUUUGGUUGAAGCUUUCUAUAGACAAAAUCUUCCAAAUUGUUUCCAAGUUCUUUCCACAGUUGCAGUAUUCUUGUUUGUCUUAUAUUUACAAGGUUUCCGUUAUGAAUUACCUGUUAGAUCAACUAACGUUAGAGGUCAAAUUGGUACUUAUCCAAUUAAAUUAUUUUACACUUCAAACACUCCAAUAAUGUUACAAUCUGCUUUAUCUUCUAACAUUUUCUUGAUUUCUCAAAUUAUGUAUCAAAAAUUCCCAUCGAAUCCAAUCAUUAGAAUGUUAGGUGUUUGGGGAUUAAGACCAGGUUCCCAAGGUCCACAAGUUGCAUUAAGUGGUUUAGCUUAUUAUUUACAACCACCUUCCUCAAUUUCCGAAAUUUUAUUGGACCCAAUUAAGGCUGUAGCUUACAUUGCUUUCGUUUUGGGUACUUGUGCUUUAUUCUCAAAGACCUGGACUGAAAUUUCAGGUACUUCUGCUCGUGAUGUCGCUAAACAAUUUAAAGAGCAAGGUUUAGUCAUCAACGGUAAGAGAGAAACUAGCGCUUACAGAGAAUUGAAAAAGAUUAUCCCAACUGCUGCUGCCUUCGGUGGUGCUUCUAUUGGUGCAUUAGCCGUUGGUUCAGACUUCUUGGGUACUUUAGGUUCUGGUUCAUCAAUUUUAUUAGCUACUACAACUAUUUAUGGUUAUUAUGAAAUGGCUGCUAAAGAAGGUGGAUUUUCUAAAAACUUAGUCAGUGGUAUGUCUGAAUUGAUGUAA